CAUUCCAAUUGUGACUUUCUGUGGACUAACAUCCAGGAUUCCUUCGAGUGUCUUCACUAGUUAAAAAAACCGUGAAAAUGCAGUUUCUCUACAUUUUACCCGCGGUGUUCCUCGCUGUCGCUGCUCAGGAGUACUAUGAACCUCAAGUUGUUGUAGAUGCUUACCCGGAAUGGUACGUCCAGAGUCAUCAGAGAGAGCGCCGUGACGUCACACUGGACAAAAAGGUCGGAGAUGGUCGGGUUUUCGGGACACUUGGCCAAAAUGACGCUGGUUUAUUUGGCAAAGGCGGUUAUGAGCAUCAAAUCUUCAACGACAACCGCGGUAAACUCGACGGUCAAGUAUAUGGUACGCGAGUGUUGGGUGCUGCGGGUGAUUCAUCCCACUUCGGAGGCGCGCUCAAAUGGCAGAAUCCUAAUGCAGCUGCUUCUCUGGAUGUCAGCCGACAGGUCCAUGGCGGCACUUCUUACCAAGCAGCUGCCGGUGGAAAGUGGCCUGUAGGCAAGAACGGUGACUUUUCCUUCCAAGGAACGUACGGUCGUCAGCACGGUCUACCGCGCGAAUACGGUGGGUUGGCUAACUUCAACUACCGUUGGUGAAGAACUAGCAAUAUACCACCCAGUGGCGCGCACUUCAUAAAUGCAAUGUACUGAUUACCUUGAGCACCCAUUACCACAUUGUAUUGGAGGAAGAAUUUCUCAUUUUGUAUAAUUUUCAAGUAGGUAUAGUGCCUACCUUAGGUAACAACCUUAUGCACGCCACUGAUACCACCACCAUGUGUUUGAAAAUAUAGUGUAAAUAGUUAUUUAACUCUACUUAAUGUUGUUCAUUUUCUAUUAUUUUAUUUAUUUAUUAAUUUCAAAGCUUUCUGUGAUUUGUAAAUAUCUUUUCUGAUUGUAAAUAUAAUAUUUUUAAUAAAGUAUUCUUAUUUUUCAUUA